AUGCUCAAGAGAUUGCUCUCCUCGACACUUCUUCCUCCCUUUCCUCUUCUUCAACUUCACUCCUCGCAAUGGUCUUUACUCAACACGACGAGGUCUACGUCUCUGGUGGCCACGCUUUAUCACGACGAUACUACGGCUAUCGCGAACCCAAAGUUGGCCCACAAGGCUAAGUGGUCUGACCUAUUCACUGUCCUUGCAGCCGGAGCAGCCUUGAUUUCAGAUGGAUACCAGAACAACCUCAUGACCCUGCUCAACCCCUUAUUCGCUACUCGGUACGGAAAGGUCGAAUACUCGUCAGCCGUCUCUACUCGCGUGUCCAACUCGCUGCUGGUAGGAGCUAUCCUAGGUCAAGUCUCGAUUGGCGUCGUUUGCGAUCGCGUUGGCCGCAAGAGCGCCAUCAUCGCCGCCACUCUCCUCCUCUUCCUCGGCGCCGUAUUUGCAACAGCGGCCACCGCCGUCAACGGUGACGUAUCAGCGCUGUUCUGGUGGUUCACUAUUGCGAGAGGUGCAACAGGAGUGGGACUUGGGGGUGAGUACCCCACAUCCUCCGCCUCAGCCUCAGAAGCAUCCAACGAGAGAUAUGGUCGCGAGAAGCGCUCGACGAUCUUCAUUCUGUGCACCAAUGUCGUCCUCUCGAUGGGAGGACCCCUCGCAGUCAGCUGCUUCCUCAUCGUCCUCUCCGCCACCUCGUACGGGAACACCUCCUCGCCCUUGGAUCUCAAGCGCCUCGACAUCACGUGGAGAGUGUGUGCAGGUAUUGGUGCCGUGCUCCCUCUUAGCGUGAUAUACUUCCGAUUGAAGAUGCUCAAUAGCAAGCUGUAUCGCCAGGGAGCCAUCAAGCAUAACGUCCCUUACUUUCUCUUCCUCAAGCGAUACUGGCGCCGAAUGAUUGGUACAACGAUGGUGUGGUUUUUGUAUGACUUCGUGGCUUUUUCCAACGGUGCAUUCUCUGGAAGCAUCAUCGCAUCAGUCCUGAAGAACCCGACGUUGAAGCGUACUGCGGAGUACCAGUUGUUGCUCGGCGCCCUCGCGCUCCCCGGCGCGUUCAUUGGCGCGUGGCUUGUCAAGCUCAUUGGAACCAAGUGGCAGCUAGUCACGGGCUUCACUGGAUACAUUGUGCUCGGUUUGAUCAUUGGCCUUGCGUGGGACAAGAUCAUCGAUAUCCCCGUCCUGUUCGUCAUCCUCUACGCGCUCUUGACCAGCUCGGGCAAUCUCGGCCCUGGAAGCAUCUGCGGUCUCAUUGCCAGCGACUCCUAUCCUUCAGCGCUGCGUGGCUCUGCCUACGGUCUGUCCGCCGCCAUCGGCAAGGUAGGCGCGGCAGUGGGCACCGAGGUGUUCACGCCCAUCCAGAACGGCAUCGGCAAGAAGUACACAUUCAUUGUCGCCGCGGGCGUCGGCGUCUUGGGCGUACUUCUGGCGCUAUUCACCGUCGUCGAUACCACCAAGUUGAACUUGGAAGAAGAAGACCGAAAGUGGGAGGCGUACCUUGUCGAGCAUGGGUGGAAGGGGGUCGUCGGCUGUGACGAGACUGCGUUUGGCGUCAAGGAGGGCUUGAAGGCCGAGCACCGUGUCGAGGAGCAGCAGGAUGACGGGCUCCGUCAGAGAAGCGUCAAGGAUGGCGGCUCGGACAGCGAGUAGGUGUGUUUUUCCCAUAUCAUUGCAAUGCCAUGGCCCGCCACCCAAGGGGUCGGGAAGGGCCACGUGGUUGAGACUCUGUCCUGCUUCAAGCUUGUGACAUCUCAGCGAUGGCUGGCCUUCCUUCCUUUCUGUGCAUUGUGCGCUGUCCUCUAGUGGCUCAUGCUGCCAGUUCUGAAGCUAUUCCUGCGGCGGCAUCGAGAU